AAUCGGCCCAAAAAUGCUCUGCUUGCUUUGUGCUCGGUGGUAGUUAUUUGGUGAUCGUGCAACAACACUAUGGCGCUAAAAUCGUUGUUCCUGGUGGCGCUGCUGGUCGGCACCAGUUUGGCCGGUUGGGAGGAAGACCUCUACCUGUCGAAGCGUCGGCUUCCCCGUGGAUUGGUUCUGCCGAUUGCGCCACCCAGCAGCGAACGCAUUGUCGGUGGAUUCGAGGCAAACAUUGCCGACUUUCCGUACCAGCUGUCGCUGCGUCAGAAUGGGGCACACAUUUGCGGUGCGUCGGUGAUUUCGAGCAACUUUGCCCUUUCGGCGGCUCACUGUACCUUCCCGGCGCCACCCGUAACGGCGAUCACGCUCCGCGGUGGAAGUAGCGAUCGUACGGCCGGAGGAAUUGUGUUCCAGGCGGCAGAAAUCAUCAACCAUCCGUCGUACUCGGACGGUAGCCUGGACUUUGAUGUGUGCGUCAUUCGCAUUACGACGUCGUUCGUGGGUGCGAACAUUGCACCGGCUACGCUGGCCCCCGAAGGUACCGACUAUCCGGCCGGUACGCGCACGGUCGUUUCGGGCUGGGGACUGACCAGCGCCAUCGGUGCGCUGCCGAUCAAUCUGAUGGCGGUCGAACUGCCGCUUAUCUCGCAGGAAAGCUGCCGUGGAUUCUGGGGCGCGGCCAGCGUUACCGAUAACAUGAUUUGUGCCAGCGAGCCGGGUCGCGAUGCGUGCGGCGGUGACAGUGGUGGCCCGCUGACCAACAAUGGGCGGCAGAUCGGUAUCGUUUCCUGGGGAUCGCCACUGUGCCUGGGCAAUUUGCCGGGAGUGUAUGCUCGCGUGGCUGCACCAGCCAUUCGUGGAUUUAUUCGUGAUAAUGCCAAUGUUUAGAAUGUCAAAUAUAGAAUAUCUGGUUGAUCAUUCA